AUGACCUCUAAAGAAGGCCCCGAUUCACAGGCCAUUUCAGCAGAAAAUCAGUGGAGAUGGCGAGUGAUAGGUGACGAGACGGAGGAGAUGGACACCACGGUUGAUUUGGUGGACGACGGAGCUGUGGCUGAGUACGGAGGAGAGUGCGAGAUUGGUGGACGACGAUGGUGGGAUGGUGGACAUCCGCCGGCGGGGUUGAAAUACGACUGGCGGCGGGGUUAUGGGAGGACGGCGGCAGAUGAUGAUUUUACGGCGGCUGGCGGCCAGAUGAAGAAAGUGACUGUGUGCUCCUGCCGACGUUGUGAGUGUUGUUGGUGUGGGUGCAGAUGA